GAAUGAUACUAUCGUCCUCAUCCUUAAAUAAAAGAGAAGCCAUGAUCAAUAUGACCUAUCACCUGCGUCUGGUUUCGCUUCUUCCAGUCCUGCUCGCCUGUGCGGUGGCAUGGGACUCUGAACCGGUACCUUUGCCGUUGGUGAUCUGGCAUGGGCUAGGCGACAGUUACCAAGCUGAUGGCAUCAAAGAAGUGACCCAGCUCGCCGAGGAAGUCAACCCAGGGACGUAUGUACAUGUAAUUCACUUGGAAGAGUCGGACGGUGGCGAUCGGCAAGCUACAUUCUUCGGUAAUCUCACGGAGCAAGUCGCCCAUGUCUGCGAUCAGCUGGCGUCCGAGCCAAUCCUCAGCACUGCACCUGCCAUCAAUGCUCUCGGCUUUUCACAAGGAGGACAGUUCCUACGAGCUUAUAUUGAGAGAUGCAACUCCCCCCCAGUGCGCAAUCUAGUCACAAUGGGAAGUCAACACAAUGGCAUUUUUAAGUUCCAAUCUUGUGCUAGCGCUGGGGAUUGGGUCUGCCGCGGCGCUGAAGCUUUAUUGCGCUAUGGUACAUGGUCUGAUUUUGUACAAUCCCGGCUUGUGCCCGCGCAAUACUUCCGAGAUCCUCAAGAAUAUGAUUCGUACCUUGAGCACAGCAACUUUCUCGCCGACAUCAACAACGAAAGAGAGGAGAAAAACACCAAUUACAGGAACAACCUAGUCUCGUUGAAUCGAUUUGGUAUGUUCAUGUUCGAAGAUGACACGACGGCGAUUCCCAAGGAGAGUGCAUGGUUUGCCGAAGUCAAUCAAACCAGCGGUGAAGUGACGACUCUCAGGGAACGAGCGCUCUACAAGGAGGACUGGCUGGGUUUGCGCACAUUGGAUGAGCAAGAAAAGCUUGAUUUCAAAACAGUACCGGGGCCCCAUAUGCAGUUGACAGAUAAGGUUUUGACGCAGAUUUUCGAGGAGUAUUUUGGCCCAGUGGAAGUGGACAAUGGAUUGCCUCACUUGCUGGUCAAGCAGGGUCCGUGAUGUUUAAAACACAUCUAACUGUCUUCAAGACACUCAAGAAAUUACUUCAUAUCUGGUGACCCCAUAACUCCAACGAAAUGUUAGUGGGUUGGUUUUAUAUCCCAUUCAAGUGAGAUCUCAUGUUCUAACCACUGAGAUGAAUGAUUACUGAAGUCUCUUUGUUUAUAUCUAUAAGCGUUAAUCGAGGAUGGAUAGUAUGUAGUAUCGUAUAUAUAAGGAAGGGAAAGAGUAAAUCCUAAUUUUAGUCAAUGUAUGUGUUAAAGAAAUUAAAAACAAGGUUUAUAAAAAUUAUAAGAAACCAAAAAGAAG